AUGCUACGAGGAUUAUUGGUGCGUCGACGUAUGGGACGAAAGGUGCGGAAAUCCACUCCGCUUCUUUGGUUGUUGUGUAUUUCACUGCUGGUGGUAGUAUUCUUAUACUAUGGCUACUCCUAUUACUUCACAGCAGAUGGGACCACAAAUAGAUCUGUGAAAUCUGAAGAACAACAAUUAGAAGAAGAAGAUGAUAAUACAGAAGGUGAGAUGCCGUGUUUUGCAUCCCACACAACAAAUACUACAACCAAUAGAACUCAUGAUAUCACUACAUUAUUAGCGUUACGUCAUAUUCGUAAAAAUGUACGUAAGACUUGGCAACAGUAUAAAUAUCUCGUCGUGUUGGGCAUUCCAUCGAUGGAUGCCCCUCCGCAGCGGCGACGGCGUGCCCUUCAACGGGCCUCUUGGCUGCGGUAUCGUGAGGUCGCCACCCGCGCGAAUGGAUUUAAGGCGCCGCUGCUCGUUCUCUUCGCCCUCGCCCGCCCCCCGCCGCUGGUCUCGUUGACGCCACUCACCCCGCAGUCGGCGCUGGCGCGGGGCCGUCGGGUGUAUUCAAUGGCCGCCCACGCCGAGGCCGCCAGUCGGCAGGAUGUCCUCCUCUUCCCGCAGUGCGAUGCCGCGGCGAAAACAAGAAAACACAGCGGCGGCGGCGGUCAUUGGGGACUCGCCGCGGAAGUUGGGACGAGUGCGAAGAGUUUUAUGUGGUAUCGACUCGCCCUGCGAUUGGCUCCCAAUGCGGCAUAUAUUGCCAAAGCAGAUGAUGAUAUCUUUCUGCGCGUCCCACAAUAUUUAGCAGAUCUCAAUACAUUACCCCGAGAUGGGCUUUACUGGGGUCGUAUCAUGCCAUGGUGGCCACGUAAAGGGAAUAAACAACAAGUCUUUUACUUUGCUGGUGGGAUGUGUAUUACCAUGUCAAGAGAUGUUGUUCAACAUGUUAUUGAAUAUACUCCACUACAACGUAUAUUAUCUACACCUGUAGAUGAAGAAAGUUUAGGGGAAGGAAAAACUAAAAAUGCCACACUUAUAGCGUAUUUUAAAUCUUUAAAUGCAGAUCAUGAAGAUAUUAUGAUCGGACGAGUUCUCUAUGAGACAAAACAUCCAGGAAUUAUAUUUGUACCUGAAAAAAAAUGUCGUUUCCAUGAUGUGCAUGUGGGAGCAAAUAAAGCCCCCAUCACUGCUCAAUCCGUUGUAGUUCAUCACCUGCGUGAGAACGAGUAUGCAGAGCUUUUAAGACGAUUUCCUGAGGAAGGAAAUGAUAGUGAAAAUAAAGUAAAACCAGUAUUGUUUACACGUAUCCCAGGUCCAAUGGGAGUAGUAGGCGAGGCUCAAUAUGUGUACUCUUGCAGAUAG